GCUUCUCACUACGGAUACCAAAACAGAAAAGCGGCUUCCGUUCCUUAUUUUCUUCAAACACUGACUCUCUCUCUCUCUCUCUGAGGACUCGGCUCUUGAUCUGCAACUGCAGUGCUCGUUUUCUUUCUUCGUUAUUCAUCUUCUGUGAUCAAUCAAACUACCGGUAAAUCCAGCCGAAGAAAAUGAGAGAAAGGAAAGAAAAAUCUCUUGUUUUUUUUUUGAGGUUUUAUCAUCUCUGGUUUAUGAGAGUUUCAUGCACUUCGCAUGGAAUUUCGAGUAAGUUUAUUUGAAUUCUAUUUCUAUUUCACUGGUUAUGGUUGAAUUUUGGAUGGCCUUCUGGUUUCAUGUACCUACAUUGUUUAUUUAUCUUUUCUCGAAUGUGUAUGAGAGGAAUUCAGGGUAGGUUGAAUGCAUGCAAGUUAGUCUUCAGUUGGAAACGGGAAUGGUGCACAAUGGUUUUUAGUAAUUUAGUCCAUUUUGGGGAUAUUGAAGGUUCAUGCAUUUAGGUAAUGGUUUCAGAUUGGAGGGUGCCAUGUGCUAAGUUAGUUGGUUUUUCUUUUGGAAUCAAUGAGAUGACGAGUUCUACGGAAGAAGAGGGGAGAAAGUUGAAGUUAAUCUGUUGUCCCUUGAGUAGUUCUAAAGGUCGAUUGGAGGAUACAAAGAAGGGGAAUUUUCAUGGUUCUUCCUGGGAAAACAAUGUAGGAACAUGUUCUACUGGAUGUGGAAGUGGCCUCGGGUUCUCCCGCUUCUCCUCCUUGCGUGGAGGGUUUUGUGGGUUUUCGGAGGGUGUUAAUUUGAAUAAGAAAGAAGGGAGGCUUGGUAUGAAUGGAAAGAGAGAACAUGACACCUCACGGAAAAACCAGAAGAGAGCUGCAAUGGAAGAGGAUCCUGAUUGGUUUCCCGAACAAGAGAGCUUCAUUCAAUUGCCAGGGACGAAGAACGGAGGUGAUUCUGUUGGCAAAAGAUCAAAUAUGAAAUGUAAUCAAAAUGGAAAGAAUCAAUGUGGAGAACAUGAUGGAUUGGAUGUUCCUAUACCUGGAGGGCAACCUACACUUGCACCUAAUAACCUCAAGCAUCUUUUGUUGUCGGCUGGAUGGACAGUCGUUUCUCAACAAAGUCUCAGUGAUCUCCUAUAUGUCUCUCCAUCGGGUUCUGCUUAUGGAUCUCUGCCCAAAGCUAUGGAGGCCUUUUCUCUUGAUGCUUCUGAGUUCAGAAAGAAGGAACAGGGCUCAUACCCAUCAGCGUGUAGUGGUAGCAUUUGCAGCUACUCAAAUAUUCAUGAACAUUCUUUAGGCAGUAAACAUGUUGUCAAAAAUACGCCUAAGGUGAAGGAAACAGUUGAUCAAAUGGCCCAAAUAGGUGCACCUGCCAAACCUGUAAACAUAGAAGAUAUUCUGUUUUGGGACCGGGAUAAGAUUAAGGAUUAUUCAACAAACCCGGUGGAAUUGGUGUCCAGUGGAGUGCACAAUAUGGUGGCCUGCCGCAAGGUAAGUAAGGAAGCACAGUCUUGCAUAAAAAAUGGAAGCUUUAGUAGUGAUACAAAGAAAUUGAAUUAUAACACUGUGCUGAUGUCAAAAGCUAAUCAUGAUGAUGAUGUUGAGAUACAGCAAUGUGACAGUUCUAUUGGAGUUUUGCAGUCUGUGCUUAUCAAUGGGAAAGUUGUUCCUGUAGGUGAUAAAGUUGAGACUGAAAUAAAGAAAGAUGAAGAUUUCUUAAAAUCGUCAAAAUGUGAAGAGUUUAUGAAAGGGAGUCUGCUUCUACAGAAACCACAGAAUCACAAAGAAACACUGGAAGAAGCUUUGCCAGAUCCUCAUGAAACAGGAUGUAAGCAAAUAUCUGGUCAGGUGAACCAAGAAAAGAAAAACCCCAAUGGGUGUGGUGGGGCAGUGAUCAAGGAUAAACAAAGCAAUGUUAAUAUAAUUGAGGAUACCGAGUUGCAUGGAGUUAGGAGGUCUAAACGUAUCAAUGGGAGACGUGUUCCUGUAGAUACCGAAUUGAAUUUAGAAUUUUGGGAUGAUGAUUAUUAUCUAGAUUCAUGUGGUUCUGUGAAAAUUUUUACAACAGAUACACGUCUGGGAACACGAGCGCCUGAUAACGAAAUUGACAAGGAAGCUUCUCCUUUGCCAAAAGAAAUUAGAUAUAAAAAGGGGACUGAGGUGUUCUCUGGCUUUGCAGAUGCGAGCACACUACUAGAGAAGCAGAAGCCUGAUAUGAGUGGGAGCUCUACAGAAAUACACAAGGGGUUGGUGUUUCAGCAGGAAGAUGAGAGCACCUCCAUGGACUUGUUGAGUCGGGAUAUGCUACCACCGGAGCCAGAGACUGAUUGUGAAAGUGACAGUGAAAUGAUACCAAAGGUGAGGGAAAGGAGGUAUAGAGAAGUACAUGAUAUUAUGGCAUCCUGUAUGGCAGAUAGGAAGGCAAAAUCCAAGGCAAAAUCCUGUACUGACUGCUCAAGUGACGGAGCCCAAAAGUUGGAUUCCACCGGUGCAUUGGUAGUAAAUAAUGGUAAAGACAGAAAUGGUAAUAUACAUCAGCACCAUGAGAUGGUUGAACUAAGGAGGUCUGCACGGAUUAAUGGAAAACAUGUUCCAGUAGAUGGUGAAUUAGAUAUUAGUAUGUGGGACUUUGAUGAUUUUAUAGAUUUAUCAAGUUUUGUUGAUGACAAAGUGGAAAAGAAGGAUAUGGAAAAGUCGGAAAACUCAAAUUCUAAAAUGGUAGACAUUGUGUUUUGUUUGCCUGCAAGUGGUUAUGCAGAUGACAGAUUUGGAAAGAAGUUCAAGGAAAGGUCAGCCUACUCAAGUUAUGAAAUGGAAGACAUUGUGGUGGCUUUGCCUGCUCCUGGUUUUCUGAAGCUAGCUGCUGCAACGAAAUCUGAUUGCCAAAUACCUAGAAAUCAGGGACCGGUGGAGCAAACUGCCACAACAAAUUCUGGUAACCCUAAACCUAGAAAUCAGGGGCAGUUGGAUGGUAAUGGCACUCUGUGCUUGCAUGGGGAGGUGCCAAAGAAAUGUGAUGGAGAAAAGAUUCCAGUUGCUGAGCAAGGGUAUUUUUUGUUACUGAAUAAUGGGACUAAAGCUUUGAAGCAAACUGCCCCAUGGAAAUCUGAUAACCAGAAACCUAGAAAUCAGGACCAGUUGGAGCAAACUACCACAAGGAAAUCUGAUAACCAAAAACCUAGAAAUCAGGAGCAGAUGGAUAGUGAUAGCCUUCCAUGUGUGCAUCGGAAGAAGAAAUGUACUGGAGUAAGGACUUUGGUUGCUGAGAAAGGGGCUCCUUCGUUACUGCGUAACGGGACAAAAGUUCUGCUAACUGAGAAGCGGCCACCACUUUCCCCAAGCAAAAGGAAGCCAGUCAAAUGUAAAUAUUCAAAUGGCAAAAAAAAGAAAAAGAGGAGUGGUGGGUGUGGUCUUGUGGUGAGGAGAACUGUUAAGGGUGACCAUGGAAAACAUAUACGGUCUGAAACAAAGUAUAGCAUAUUAUCUUGGUUAAUCGAUAACGGUAUAUUGGCCGAAAAUGAAAAAGUUGUUUAUAAAGCAAAGAAUGGUAAAGGUAAUAUAACAAAAGGCUGCAUUGUUAGAGGUGGAAUCCGAUGUAACUGCUGCAGAAAAGUUUGGUCCUUGUUAGAGUUUGAAGAUCAUGCUGGUAGUAAUAUUCAUCAACCAUGGAUUAACACUUAUCUCAUCUCUGGGAAGUCACUGAUGCAGUGCCAGAGUGAAGCAUGGGAGAUAGAAAAGAAAGAAAGAAAGGUUGGUUUCCAUACUGGAAGAGCUGGUGAUGCAGAUCCUAGUGAUGAUACUUGUGGGAUUUGUGCUGACGGAGGGCACUUAAUAUGUUGUGAUGGUUGCCUGUCAACCUUCCACCAAGAGUGCGUGAUGCUGAAGUUGGUUCCUGAAGGCAGUUGGUACUGCCCAUUUUGUAGAUGUGCAUUCUGCAUGCUGGCUGAUAGUGGACAAAAUAAACCUGAUUGUGAUUUUAGCAUGUUCAGCUGUAACCAAUGUGGAUGUAAAUAUCAUAGAGAUUGUAUUUUGGAAAAAGAUAAGGACGAGAUUUUAUCUUUCUGUGGAGAAAAUUGCAAGAAGGUAGCUACAGAGCUUUCAGAUAUACUUGGUGUUUCAAACCCUCUGGACGGAGGUUUUUCCUGGACUCUUUUAAAACGUCUGGAUGAAGAUGAAGAUGAUGGUACCAACUCAGAUCAAAGGCUAUCUUUUAUCAUGGAAUGCAAUGUAAAACUUGCCUUGGCUCUUUCUGUACUCGAGGAGUGUUUUGUUCCUUUAGUGGAUCCAAGAACAGGUCUAGAUAUGAUUGUGCAAGCAGUUUAUAAUUGUGGAUCAAAUUACAACCGACUUAACUGUGAAAGAUUCUACACCAUGGUUUUGGAGAAGGAUGACGAGAUAAUUUCAGUAGCAACAUUAAGGCUCCAUGGGACACGUUUAGCAGAAAUGCCCUUCAUUGGAACACGGCCUAUAUACAGGCGGAAAGGCAUGUGCCGUCGCCUCUUCAAUUCCAUUGUAAAGAUGUUGUCCUCGUUACAUGUGGAGAAGCUUAUUAUCCCAGCAAUUCCUGAUUUGCUGGGGACCUGGAUGACAUCAUUUUCCUUCAAACCUUUGGAGUCAUCUCAUAUAGAAGAGAUUAGGAAUUUGAAUAUGAUGAUUUUUGCAGACACGACGUUACUGCAGAAGUCGUUGCGCAACAUGGAGACAAAUGAAGCUAGUGAUAAAAAGCAGGUUGGCAUUGUCAGCGGUCUAGAGAAAGUGACUGAACAGAAUUCAUUAUCUACAGCAUGUUGUUGGCAGCCAGAGUGCUGAUGAUCAAAUACUUUUGUACCGUCGUAGACUUGACUAUACAAUACAUGAGCUAAAUGCUAUUGGUGGAUGAUCAAACGGUCCUCUUUUUGUUGAUGGUGCACUAUUGUGCAUUCAGGAGCUUCUAAUGGAUCAAUUUCUGAAGUUGUGUUGGCCAAAAACACAUCCUUUGAAACGCGAGGAUGGUGCCACAAAAUAUUGUAACUGGAGACAAUCAAAUAACGUUAGUUGAUAAUCUUCUAGCUGAGACUAUUUUGGAGUCUGACACCAUUUACUGUAUCAAAUGGAGUUGUCUUGAGAUGGAUACCAAGUGCUGAUGAAUUUUAAGGAUAGCUAUGCUGAUUCUACUCUGUACCCUCUGUUGAUAGCCUUCUUAGCAUCAGAAGCUGAAAGCCUGGUACUAGUUUUGUCUUUCCAAUUCCCGGUAUCCUUUUUGUUUUUAGCCCCUUCUGUAUAUCGAGAAUAUUCCUAAUUAAAAUGUUCUUCUGCUUUAUUCUA